AUGAAUUUUGCCGAGAGUUGCUUUCCACUGUCUCACGUAUUUGGGACUGUGGAGCCCUCCGUUUUCUUCUCUCUAUUAUUAUCUAUUCCUGGAGCUCUGGGUGCCAAUCAGUCAAGGCAGAGCCCUCUGCCGUCAGCUCCGCCUCAGGCGGGUGGGAUAUGGUCCUUCCUACGGCCUAGCCCUCCUCAGCCUCACUCCCUCCGCUAUCUCCCCGACCCGCAGAUGGACUUCGUUAGCCGCCACGCGGACCACCCGCCUGCCGCUGCGGCCGCUGCGCCUCCGCCCGAGGAGCCCGAGUACCUCGCCCGGUACAUGGUCGUCAAGCACUCGUGGCGGGGCCGUUAUAAGAGAAUUCUAUGCAUAUCUGGUUACUCGAUCAUCACCCUGGAUCCUGGGACGCUGGCCGUCACUAAUUCGUAUGAUGUCGGCUGCGAUUUUGAAGGGGCCGCCCCGAUUAUGGGGAGGGACGAGAAUUUCAAUGAGUUCAAUAUCAGCGUGAGGACAGAUGGACGGGGAAAGUUCAAAGGCAUCAAGUUCUCGUCCCGGUAUAGGGCUAGUAUACUGACCGAGCUGCACCGGAUAAGGUGGAAUAGACUGUCAAUUGUUGUGGAGUUUCCCGUACUUCACCUGCGAAGGAGGACUUCGGAGUGGGUCCCUUUAAAAAUGAGAGUUACGUAUGUCGGAGUUGAAGUGAUAGAUUUGAAGUCCGGAGACCUUCGUUGGUGCUUAGAUUUCAGAGAUAUGGACUCUCCAGCCAUAGUUCUUCUCGCUGAAGCUUACGGGAGGAAAAAUGUGGAUCAUGGUGGAUUUGUUCUUUGUUCUCUGUAUGGAAGAAAAUCUAAAGCCUUUCAAGCUGCUUCAGGAGCUUCAAAUGCUUCUAUUAUUGAAAAUUUAACUAAAACUGCAAAUUCUAUGGUUGGGGUGUCAUUAGUGGUUGAUAGUUCUCAAUCUCUUACCAUCACAGAAUACAUGAAGAGAAGAGUUAAGGAAGCUGUGGGGGCAGAAGAGACUCCUCUUGGUGGUUGGGCUGUUACGAGGUUGCGAACAGGUGCUCAUGGUAUGCUACAUUCUGCUGGAUUGAGUUUAGCACUUGGACCGAAAGGAGGACUUGGGGAAUUGGGUGAUGCUGUGUCUCGCCAACUUAUUCUCACCAAAUCCUCACUUGUCGAAAGACGCCCAGAAAACUAUGAAGCUGUUAUUGUUCGACCUUUAUCUUCAGUUAGUGCUCUUGUCCGAUUCUCUGAGGAGCCACAGAUGUUUGCUGUUGAAUUUAAUGAUGGAUGUCCUAUUCACGUGUAUGCUAGCACCUCUCGUGAUAGCUUACUUGCAGCAGUUUUGGAUGUUUUGCAAACCGAAGGCCAAUGUCCAGUGCCAAUAUUGCCAAGGCUAACUAUGCCUGGUCAUCGAAUUGAUCCUCCUUGCGGCAGAGUUUCUUUACAAUAUGCCCAACAUCCACAUAGACCUGUUGCUGACAUUGAAUCUUCAAUGAUGCAUUUGAAACAUUUGGCAGCAGCUGCCAAAGAUGCUGUAGCUGAAGGAGGCUCUAUCCCUGGCUCAAGAGCUAAAUUGUGGCGCCGGAUUAGAGAAUUUAACGCGUGCAUUCCAUUUAGUGGGGUUCCUUCAAGUAUUGAAGUACCUGAAGUGACUUUGAUGGCAUUAAUUACAUUGCUUCCAUCUACUCCCAAUCUUCCGCCGGAAUCCCUGCCAUUGCCACCACCUUCCCCUAAAGCAGCUGCUACUAUAAUUGGUUUUAUUGCAUGCUUACGAAGGUUGCUUGCUUCUAAAAAUGCUGCUUCACACGUGAUGUCAUUUCCUGCUGCUGUUGGUAGAAUUAUGGGUCUCCUUAGAAAUGGUUCUGAGGGAGUGGCAGCCGAAACAACGGGACUUAUUGCAAUGCUUGUUGGUGGUGGGACAGGGGAUACAAAUAUUUUAGCGGAUACAAAAGGAGAACAACAUGCAACAAUUAUGCACACUAAAAGUGUGUUAUUUGCUGAACAAAGCAACCUUGCUGUUGUUGUUAACAGGUUGAAGCCAAUCUCCGUAUCACCAUUGUUGUCAAUGGCUGUUGUUGAAGUCCUUGAAGCAAUGAUAUGUGAACCGCACAGUGAAACAACCCAAUACACGGUUUUUGUUGAAUUAUUACGUCUUGUAGCUGGUUUACGCCGUCGCUUGUUUGCAUUGUUUGGACAUCCUGCAGAAAGUGUACGGGAAACUGUGGCUGUAGUUAUGCGUUCAAUAGCGGAAGAAGAUGCAGUUGCAGCAGAAUCAAUGCGGGAUGCCGCUUUACGCGAUGGUGCGCUGUUGAGGCAUUUGUUGCACGCAUUUUACCUUCCCGCUGGUGAAAGGCGUGAUGUCAGCCGACAGCUUGUGGCUCUGUGGGCGGACUCUUACCAACCCGCCCUUGAUUUGCUCUCCAGGGUUCUGCCACCAGGGCUGGUCGCAUAUUUGCAUACUCGAUCUAAUGGAGUUUCUGAUGAAGAUGCAUCUAAUCAGGAAGUUUCCUUAAUGAGUAGAAGACAGAGGCGUUUACUUCAGCAGAGGAGAAAUCAUCCAGUGAAAGGAAUACCAUCCCAAGGACAUAACCUGCCUUCUGUUCAUGACCCUGAUGGCAAUCAUGUACCGCAGACAAGUGUUUAUGCAGUUGGAGGUUCAGAUGGCUAUCGAAACUCUGUUGGCGAUCAAAACAGUGGACAGGUUCCAUCUGUUCAUUCUUCUCUUAUUCAUGCUGGCGAAAACAACUCCAAUGAGCUUCCUGCUGCAGGUGUCCCCCCAAAUUAUCAGUCAUCAGGCUUAGCUUCUCCAGAUAAGCACACAACCAAUGCAUUUGAAUCGGUUGAAACAAAUGCUACAAGCACAAGUGAAUCUGAAGUUGGUGCAACUGGCCUAUCAGCUCCAGCCCAAGUGGUUGUGGAGAAUGCACCUGUGGGAUGCGGAAGAUUGCUAUUGAAUUGGCCUGAUUUUUGGCGAGCUUUUGGACUUGAUCACAACCGUGCAGAUUUGAUCUGGAAUGAGCGUACCAGGCAGGAGUUAAUGGAGGCUUUGCAGGCUGAGGUUCAUAAACUUGACCUCGAGAAGGAACGGACUGAAGAUAUUGUUCCUGGAGGUACAAGUGAAGUAACUACAAGAGGGCAGGAAACUGCACCUCAAAUAUCAUGGAACUAUACAGAAUUUGCUGUUCGGUACCCUAGCUUGGGUAAAGAAGUUUGCGUGGGUCAGUAUUACCUUCGGCUUCUCCUCGAGAGUGGUACAGGUGGCCGAGCACAGGAUUUUCCCCUGCGUGACCCAGUAGCAUUUUUCAGAGCACUUUACCAUCGAUUCCUGUGCGAUGCAGACACUGGACUGACAGUGGAUGGCACCAUUCCUGAUGAAAUGGGCCCUUCAGAUGAUUGGUGUGAUAUGGGACGAUUAGAUGGUUUUGGAGGAGGUGGAGGUUCCUCAGUCAGAGAACUUUGCGCGAGGGCUAUGGCAAUUGUAUAUGAACAACAUUACAACUCCAUAGGCGCAUUUGAAGGCACUGCUCAUGUUACAGUACUGGUGGACAGGACAAAUGAUAGAGCUCUAAGACACCGUCUUCUCCUCCUUCUGAAGGUUUUGAUGAAGGUUCUUUCAAAUGUGGAAGCAUGUGUCUUGGUUGGAGGAUGUGUGCUUGCUGUUGAUUUACUGACAGUAGUUCAUGAAGCUUCGGAAAGAACUGCAAUACCAUUGCAGUCGAACUUAAUUGCUGCAACUGCUUUUAUGGAGCCCUUAAAGGAGUGGAUGUUCAUAGACAAGGACAAUGCAAAAAUUGGGCCGGUGGAGAAGGAUGCAAUUAGAAGAUUUUGGUCAAUAAAAGAAAUCAACUGGACAACCAGAUGCUGGGCCCCUGGGAUGGCAGACUGGAAGAGAUUAAGAGAUAUACGUGAACUUCGAUGGGCUAUGGCUCUUCGUGUCCCGGUUCUUACUCCCAUCCAGGUGGGAGAGGCGGCCUUGUCCUUAUUACACAGCAUGGUAGCUGCUCACUCGGAUAUAGAUGAUGCAGGAGAGAUUGUUACGCCAACGCCUAGAGUGAAGCGAAUCUUAUCAAGUCCACGUUGCCUUCCACAUAUAGCUCAGGCAAUACUUUCCGGUGAACCAAGUAUUGUUGAGGCUUCUGCUGCUUUGCUGAAGGCUAUAGUUACAAGGAAUCCUAAAGCCAUGAUACGACUAUACAGUACAGGCGCAUUUUAUUUCGCCCUGGCAUACCCUGGAUCUAAUCUUCUGUCAAUUGCACAACUAUUUUCAGUGACUCAUGUUUAUCAAGCUUUUCAUGGUGGCGAGGAAGCUGCUGUUUCAUCAUCUCUGCCUUUGGCAAAACGCAGUGUUUUGGGCGGUCUCUUGCCUGAAUCUUUGUUAUAUGUAUUGGAACGAAGUGGGCCAAUUGCUUUUGCAGCAGCAAUGGUUUCUGAUUCUGACACUCCUGAGAUUAUUUGGACACACAAGAUGCGGGCAGAAAAUCUUAUCUGUCAGGUUCUUCAGCACCUUGGUGAUUUCCCUCAGAAAUUGUCACAGCAUUGUCAUUCUAUGUAUGAUUAUGCUCCCAUGCCACCAGUGACGUAUCCGGAGCUGAAAGAUGAAAUGUGGUGUCACCGCUAUUAUCUCAGAAACUUGUGUGAUGAAAUUCGAUUUCCUAAUUGGCCAAUCGUUGAACAUGUGGAGUUUUUACAAUCAUUGCUAGUUAUGUGGCGAGAAGAGUUAACUCGAAGGCCAAUGGACCUUUCUGAAGGAGAGGCUUGCAAGAUACUUGAGAUUUCAAUUGAAGAAGUAUCCAGAGAUGACAUCCCUUGGAAAACAAGUUCUGAAUCAAUUGAGGAGAUACCUGACACAGCAAAGCGAAUUGAGUAUAUUGAUGAGGAAAAACUCAAACGACAGUAUAGGAAACUGGCAAUGAAGUAUCAUCCUGACAAAAAUCCUGAAGGGAGGGAGAAGUUUCUGGCAGUGCAGAAAGCUUAUGAAUGCCUGCAGGUUACCAUGCAAGGGUUGCAAGGCCCGCAGACUUGGAGAUUGUUACUUCUCCUAAAGGGCCAGUGCAUACUAUAUAGGCGCUAUGGGAAUGUACUGAUGCCAUUCAAAUACGCUGGGUAUCCGAUGUUGUUAAACGCCAUUACAGUGGACAAGGACGAUAGCAAUUUUCUUUCUUCUGAUCGUGCUCCUCUUCUAGUUGCAGCCUCGGAGCUUGUUUGGCUGACGUGUGAGUCCUCUUCGUUAAAUGGUGAAGAGCUUGUCAGAGAUGGUGGAAUACCUCUUCUUGCUACCCUCCUUUGCCGUUGCAUGUGUGUCGUCCAACCAACGACGCCUGCGACUGAAUCUUCUGCCACUAUUGUUGCUAACAUAAUGAAAACAUUUUCUGUUUUAAGCCAAUUUGAUAGUGCCAGAACUGAGAUGCUUGAGUUUCCUGGAUUAGUUGAGGACAUUAUUCACUGCACUGAACUUGAGCUUGUCGAUACUGCUAUUGAUGCUGCUUUGCAGACCAUUGCUCAUGUUUCUGUCUCGUCCGAAUUUCAGAACGCCCUUCUGAAGGCUGGUGUGCUGUGGUCUCUUAUACCAUUGCUGCUUCAGUAUGAUUCAACUGCCGAGGAACCAGAUAAGAUUGACGCACAUGGUGUUGGGGUUAGCGUACAAAUUGCAAAAAAUUUUCAUGCUGUACAAGCAUCAUAUGCUUUAUCAAGGGUUAGUGGUUUGGACAACAGUGAGCCCAAGACACCCUAUAACCAGGCUGCUUCUGAUGCCCUUAGGGCUUUGCUGACCCCGAAACUUGCGAGCAUGCUGAAAGAUAAAUUAGCCAAAGACCUCUUGUCCACAUUAAAUUCAAACUUGGAGUCUCCUGAGAUAAUAUGGAACUCCUCCACUCGAGCGGAGCUGUUGAAAUUCGUGGAGGAGCAGAGUGAAACUCUCAGUCACAAUGGUUCAUAUGACCUGAAAGAGUCUCAUUCUUUUGUUUAUGAAGCAUUAUCUAAGGAACUCUAUAUUGGCAAUGUAUAUUUGAGGGUCUAUAAUGAUCAACCGGAUUUCGAAAUUACUGAGCCCGAGGACUUUUGCCUUGCGCUGGUUGAUUUUAUAUCACAUCUAGUGCAUAAUGCACAAGCUCCAAGCAGGGAUGAUAAUAAUGGUGCUAUAAGUAGUGACUCGCCCGAAGAACAACCUUCUUCUGAUAAUUCUUCAGCACCAGUUAAUGGGAAAAUCAAAGACGAUGAAUUUGAAUUAAUUAAGUAUCUUCAAUAUGGUCUGAUUUCUCUCCAGCUCUUAUUGACGAAGAAUCCCAAUUUAGCUUCGGUGGUAUCCACAAAGGAAAAGUUACUACCCCUCUUUGAGUGUUUUUCGCUUCCCGUUGCUUCAGAAAGCAAUAUUCCUCAGCUAUGUUUAAGUGUGUUAUCACGCUUGACUCAAUAUGCUCCUUGCCUGGAGGCGAUGGUUGCAGAUAGCUCGAGUCUGCUUAUUUUAUUGCAGAUGCUUCAUGCAUCUCCCAGCUGUCGUGAAGGAGCUCUUCAUGUUCUCUAUGCUUUAGCAAGCACGCCGGAGCUUGCUUGGGCAGCUGCGAAGCAUGGUGGGGUUGUCUUCAUUCUUGAGGUUCUCUUGCCAAUAAAAGAAGAGAUCCCUCUGCAGCAAAGAGCAGCAGCAGCCUCACUAUUAGGGAAGCUUGUCGGGCAGAUGAUGCAUGGGCCUAGAGUGGCAAUAACUCUUGCUAGAUUUCUCCCUGAUGGCCUCAUCUCUGUUAUCAGGGAUGGUCCUGGUGAAGCGGUUGUCAGUGCCCUCGAACAAACCACUGAAACUCCAGAACUCGUGUGGACUCCAGCAAUGGCUGCUUCUCUGUCUGCACAAAUUGCAACAAUGGCUUCCGAUUUGUAUCGUGAACAGGUCAGUGGACAUGUUGAUUGGGAUGCACCUGAACAGGCCUCUGGACAACAAGAAAUGAGGGAUGAGCCUCAGGUUGGAGGAAUCUAUGUCAGAUUAUUCCUGAAAGAUCCCAAAUUUCCACUAAGAAAUCCCAAGAGAUUUCUCGAAGGUUUGCUGGAUCAGUACCUUACAUCAAUUGCAUCUGCGCAUUAUGAUGGCCAACCUGUUCAGACUGAACUUCCCCUACUUCUUUCGGCUGCCCUCGUCUCCUUACUGAGGGUGUAUCCUGCACUCGGGGAUCAUGUCGGAUAUCUCGGUUAUGUGCCCAAACUUGUGUCUGCAGUAGCUUAUGAAUCGAGCAGAGAAUCAAUGGCUACAGAAGCUCAGGCAACCGAGGAUGCUUCAUUGCAGCAAAAUUCACAAACUCCUCAGGAGCGAGUUCGUCUUAGUUGUUUGCGUGUUCUGCAUCAGCUUGCAGGCAGCACCACCUGUGCAGAAGCUAUGGCAGCCACUAGCGUGGGGACACCCCAGGUUGUUCCACUUCUGAUGAAAGCCAUCGGUUGGCAAGGCGGAAGCAUUCUUGCUCUUGAAACCUUAAAGCGUGUUGUAGUUGCAGGGAAUCGAGCAAGAGAUGCACUUGUUGCACAGGGUCUGAGGGUUGGUCUUGUGGAAGUUCUUCUUGGUCUUCUUGAUUGGCGAGCUGGGGGAAGAAAUGGUCUUCGUUCUCAAAUGAAUUGGAACGAGUCAGAAGCAUCAAUUGGUCGGGUUCUUGCAAUUGAGGUUUUGCAUGCAUUUGCAACAGAGGGUGCGUAUUGUACCAAAGUACGUGACAUACUGAAUGCAUCUCCCGUUUGGAAUGCUUAUAAAGACCAGAGGCAUGAUCUUUUUCUUCCUUCAAAUGCUCAAACUUCGGCUGCUGGAGUUGCUGGUCUCAUCGAAAGUUCUUCGUCUGGCCUAACUUAUGCACUAACAGCUCCCCAACCACAAACAAGCCCAACAAAAGAACCUUCCACAGUCGACAUUUGA